AGAUGUUUACAACGUGAGAAACACGGAUCUUCUCGUGUUUUCCGCUGAACACGGAUUAAAUUUGCACAUUUUCUGCCGAGUUUCUGCAGCAGAGAACAGAGAAAAUCAAUCAGCUGUAUUUUAUUGCACGAGGAGAAACAUCCUGGUGAAGACCCUGCCAGCUGGUCGGCACACCUGAUCACCUUCACACAGCGAGGAUGAGAAAGUUCAAACCAGUUUAAACUCUGUGGACCAGAAGAUGAAGAGAGUAUGGAAACCUCUGUGGACCAGAGCAGCUGUGUGUCACGUGGUUUCUCUGCACACGGCUCUGUGGGUGGACUAAGCUGAUCUUGUUUACUUUAACUUUUUAGUUUCGCUUUCUUCUCCUGCAAACAUUCAGCUGAGAUCUGCAGCAACAUUUAAACUUCCAGAAAAUGAGGCUUGUUUUUGUUUCUUCCUCCUUCUGCCUCCUCUUCACUUCCUGUCUGGCUGCAGCUUUACAAGAUCAGCAGGAGGUGGAAGCUGGACAGAAUGUCCCUCUUCAGUGUCAGGCUCCCAGAAACACAGAAAUCCUCAUGUUGGAGUGGACCAGGUCUGAUCUCAGCCCAGAGGAUUACGUCUUCUUCUACAGAGAAAAGCGCUCGUACGAACGCUACCAGCAUCCGUCUUUUAGAGGCCGAGUGAAGCUGAGAGACUCUUCCUCUGUGGAGGACGGAGACGUCUCUGUGGUCCUGCAGAACACCAGCAUCACUGAUUCAGGAACAUAUGAGUGUCUGAUCACAGUCAGAAGCUCAGGAAGCAGUGAGAGAGACUUCAGUGUUGUCAGUCACUCCAUCAACCUGACCGUCACAGCCUCAGCUUUCACUGAUGCGCUUGCUGAGUUUGGACGAGGUGAAGACACAGGAGGAGUAAAGGGUGGAGUUAGAGCUGCUGCAUCAGUUCCUGCCGUCCUUCUGCUUCUUGGAGGGGUUUUUGUUGCUGUGAGAUAUUGCAGGAAACCUAAACCACCUUCAGAGAACAGCUCACCAGCUCCUCCUGAACACACUCCUGAACAACGCCUGAUCCAGGAUGUUUAAUCUCUCCUCCUGCUUGUUUUCAUGUCCAGCUGCUCUGCAAAGAUGAAUCAUGUUCAGGGCGGCAGGUUGAACUCAUUUAAACUCUGAUGUAGUAAAAUGUCUCAUCUCUCUGAGAGUCUUCAAAACACAAACAUUCCCUGCUGCUGAUGUUUCUACUGAAAACAGAGAGAACAUGAACCAGUUCCCCAGAACAUGAACCAGUUCCCCAGAAAAUGAACCAGUUCCCCAGAAGAUGAACCAGUUCCCUAGAAGAUGAACCAGUUCCUCAGAAUAUGAACCAGUUCCCCAGAAGAUGAACCAGUUCCCUAGAAGAUGAACCAGUUCCUCAGAAUAUGAACCAGUUCCCCAGAAGAUGAACCAGUUCCCCAGAAGAUGAACCAGUUCCCCAGAAGAUGAACCAGUUCCCCUGAACAUGAACCAGUUCCCCAGAAGAUGAACCAGUUCCCUAGAACAUGAACCAGUUCCCUAGAAGAUGAACCAGUUCCCUAGAAGAUGAACCAGUUCCCCAGAACAUGAACUAGUUCCCCAGAACAUUAACUAGUUCCCCAGAAGAUGAACCAGUUCCCCAGAACAUGAACCAGUUCCCCAGAAGAUGAACCAGUUCCCCAGAAGAUGAACCAGUUCCCUAGAAGAUGAACCAGUUCCUCAGAAUAUGAACCAGUUCCCCAGAAGAUGAACCAGUUCCCCAGAAGAUGAACCAGUUCCCCAGAAGAUGAACCAGUUCCCCUGAACAUGAACCAGUUCCCCAGAACAUGAACUAGUUCCCCAGAACAUUAACUAGUUCCCCAGAAGAUGAACCAGUUCCCCAGAACAUGAAGCAGUUCCCCAGAAGAUGAACCAGUUCCCCAGAACAUGAACCAGUUCCCCAGAAGAUGAACCAGUUCCCCAGAACAUGAAC